AUGGUCCUCCACACCACCCCUUACUCCAGUGCCUGUUUGCACUUCCUGGAUGGCUUGUCAUGGAGCCUGGUGUUCCCCUGCUACUGGCUCCUGGACCGGCUCCUGGCCUCCUGCGUGGCCACUACGCUGGAGAAGCGCCAACGCUCCCAGGACCCCUGCUCCUUUCUCACCCUGUGUGUCCUGAUCGCCGCGCCCCUUUACCUGCUCCUCCUCCUCGCCUCCCUGCCCUUCGCCCUGCUGGGCUUCGUCAUCUGGGCUCCCCUGCAGGCCGUCCGUCAGCCCUACCUGUACACCUACCGCAGGCCAGACAAACACCAGGCCGAGCAGGGCCAGGCCGGGCCAGGAGGCGCUGGGAUCGGGGAAUGGAGACCACAAGGCAGAAGCUUCUGUUUCUGUAGUGCCAACGUAUGCCUGCUGCCUGACUCCCUGGCCAGGUUCAACAACCUGUCAGACACCCACAGGAGAGCGCGGGAGGUGGGGAAGAGGAUCCGCAACGGUGCCAGUCGGCCUCAGAUUAAAAUCUACAUCGACUCGCCGACUAACACCUCCAUCAGCGCGGCAUCCUUCAGCAGCCUCGCCACAGGUUUCCGCCGUACCUCCUCUCUGGACCAGCGUCCAGACCAAACACACACCACCAACGGCCCAGCUGACCCCGAAACCGAACCCCUCACUGAGUGCCCGAUUCACCCCUCAGGUGCCAUCAACUGCCCCGUCCACCCCGCUGCAGGAGACCAGAGCUCCUCCGAAUGCCCUCUUCACUCGGACCGAGCAGACACAACAGCAGACUGCCCCCUCCACCCUGCAGGGACCAACAGCAGCUCAGACUGUCCCGUUCACACCUCAGGGGAGCCUUCAGACUGCCCCGUGCAUUCCACAGGGCCUCCGAAUGGCCAAGGCCAUCAUGACUGUCCCAUGCAUGGGGAAGGGACUCAGCCAAAACCCUCCCCAGACUGCCCACUUCACACCUCAGGGGUUCAAAUCAGCAUCAGCGCCCCAGAACCAGACCCGCGGGAGGAGGAGGCCGAAACAGGGAACCAUCGGCCUGGGGAGCAGGCAGGGGGGGACACGGGCAGCAUGACCGCCUCCAGGGAAUCCCUCACUCGUUACCAUGGAAAUGACGGCGGUGUAGGGGUAUCCUCCAACAACACUCUCUCCCACGUCCCUCGCACGUCAAUCUUUAAGCGCCCGGGGCGAAAACGCCGUCAUGGAGAUGAGACGUUCGACCAUGAGAUCUCUGCCUUCUUCCCCGCCAAUUUGGACUUCCUGGCUCUACAGGAAGUGUUUGACCACGGAGCGACGACUAGAUUGCGGCGGCAGUUGCAUCGCUACUUCCCCUAUGUGCUGAGUGAUGUCGGGCGGUAUGGCUGGAAAGGCUGCUGCUCAAGGUUCAAAUUCUUGAACAGCGGGCUGAUGUUGGCCAGCCGCUACCCAAUCCUGGAUGCGCGGUACGAGUGCUACCCCAACGGGAGAGGGGAGGACGCACUCGCAGCCAAGGGAGCACUGUUUGCCAAGGUUCACGUGGGCACCUCCCAUCAGGAGCAAAGGGUUGUGGGAUAUCUCACGUGCACACACCUCCACGCAAUAGAAGCUGAUGCGUCCGUGCGAUGUGAGCAGCUGGACCUGUUGCUCCAGUGGGGAGCUGAGUUUCGCCAAUCCUCAUCCCAGCCACCUGCAGGAGAGAAGGUGCUGGAAGACCUGGUGGCCUUUGAUGUCAUCCUGGGAGACCUCAACUUUGAUAACUGCUCUUCAGAGGACAAGCUGGAGCAGCAGCAUGCACUUUUUACUCAAUACAAGGACCCGUGUCGCCUGGGGCCAGGGGAGGACAAACCAUGGGCUCUGGGUACUUUACUGGAUCCCAGUGGCCUUUAUGACGACGAGGUCAGUUCACCUGAAACUUUACAGAAAGUGAUGGAGAACGAGGAGGGGAGGAAGGAGUACCUGGUGUUUCCUCCCAGUAAGAACCAGUGUCCUGCCAGCAGUCAGAAAGGGAGGAAGAUCCCACUGAAGGGCAACGGACGUCGGAUUGACUACAUCCUCUACAGCGAUGAGGGCCUGCAGCAGGACUGGAAGCUGGAAAUGGAGGAGUUCAGUUUCGUCACGCAGCUGGCUGGCAUCACCGACCACCUGUCUGUGGCCAUGCGAUUGGCUGUUUCCACCGGUGAAGAGGAGCCUUAGAUCGACC